AUGAUGGGACUACACGUUUAUAUGGGUGGCGUGGGUGCCCAGCAGCUCUUUGUUCUCAUUUUUGUCGUCUGUGCAAUCGUUUUUCACCUCAAGAUUAUUCGGCAACAACGGCCCGACAUGAAGAAGGCUCUCCUUCUCUUAUAUGUGCUCUACGCGUGUCUCGCCUUGAUCACGGUAAGCGAAAAGCUGCCAUGCGAUUACAAUAUGACACUAAUUGAUAUACAGCUUCGAAUCUGUUUCCGUUUGGCCGAAUAUUCGCAGGGUCUGACAAGCACUAUCCCUCUCCACGAGGCGUACCAGUAUUGCCUCGACAGCUUGCCAAUGCUCAUUGCACUCGUGCUUCUUAACGCUGUCCACCCAGGCCGCAUCAUGCCGGGCAAGGAUAGUGACAUGCCGAGUCGUAAGCAACGCAAGACUAUGACAACCCACACCAAGGCCAGAAAGACCGCCCCGCAGCUGGCCGGCGACUUCGAGUGCGCCUUCUGGGAAUCAUUACUACUACAGUCUGUGCACCACGAACCGGCCAUUCGCCAUGUCACCGUGGCUCUAGGUUCACUCCAUGAAACCUUUGAACGCGAUGUGACUCCAUUCCGCUCGGGUCAAUUGGCUGCUAAAGGCACAUUCGCCCUGCAUCAAUAUCUAUCUGCUAUGCGCUGCCUAAUGCCCACACCGACCAGCUCACAACCCCUCGAUGUAUGCCUAAUAUCCUGCAUUCUAUUCGCAUGCUUUGAGCAGCAUAUCCGCUCAGAUCAAUUCAAUAUCUGGCCCGAACUGGCUAUAGACCUCGACCGGCCCGUCAUUUUCGCUUCUUUAGCCGACGCGCGCGAGAUGCUCGAGAUCUACACUUAUUGGUACCGACAGCAAGACGCGGAAAGAAUAUCUCGAAUGGGACAACUCAAAACUCAAGAUCCAGAGACCAUGGCGGAUUCAAUCUCCAAUCUAGACCGCGAUGCUAUUAUCCUACGCAAUACUGGGCUUUCAUUACUGGAACGCUGGUCCACAGCCCUGGAAGAAUUCCUCGACAAGCGCAGUGCCUCUCUUUCCACCCGUGAGCGCCGCGGAGCCGCCAUUCUGCAGUUACGCAAGCUUGACUGCUUCGUAGCGCUCCAUGCCCAACCACUUGUCCGCGAGUUGGAGGCAAAGAAUAUCUUCGCCUGGGACGAAUUCUGCCCUUACUUCGAGCAGAUGGUGGCUCUGGGCGAGUCGAUCAAUGAGUCACAUUCAUCCCCGCAAUCUUCGCCAUCUUCUUCGGUCUCGUCAUAUCGAUCCUCGUCCAAAACAUUUUCGCUCGACUUCGGCAUCAUUGCAAGUAUGUUUAACGUCGCGGCGCAUUGUCGCGACCCCUACAUCCGAAGGCGUGCUGUCAGUGUGCUCCGCUCCUCGACUGUCCAGGAAGGAGUGUGGAACAGCGUCGCUAUAGCGGCUAUAGCGGCGAAAUGGGUUGAAAUCGAAGAGGAAGGGCUCGAGGCCGUAACAAGCUGUGCAGAUAUACCCGCUGCGGCAAGAAUAGCGCACUGUAUGCCUUUCUUUGACGAGGAGCAGCCCAACGCGCAGGUAUAUUUUAGCCAUUCGCUCGUUUUUGAUCCUGAGAAUUCACGCAGGGAGAUGUUGCAAUGGUAG